CCUGGAUAUUAUUUCAACGAGCUGCAUCUUCACGACGAAAUGAUUAAUUGUUAGAAAAUUCUUAUCUUAGUCUAAACACUUGGUUCUACGUUAUUUGCUUCAUAAUAUCGCAAAAUGAAGCAGAAAAGAAAUCCAUAACCAGCUACGCCUCCAACAGAAUCUCUCUACGUCAUAGGGAAACACUAGUCGGAUCAUUACUAGAUGUUUAACAUUGCAUACAGCAACGUAUGUCGGGUUCAAUGAGCAAGGAGACCUCGUUUGCUGAGGCUAGCCACGAUACUCCGUGCACUCCUAGCCCAGAUCGAAGUGCCCAUGCUUCACCGAAAUCGUCAAGAUUUGCACCACGACCAAAAUGGACCGAUCUCAUAGCUGAUGAAGGAGUUAACGGCUUUCAACGACCCAAAAUGGGUAGCCGUCAAAGCUCUGUAGUCAGCCUGUCACAGCUUAGCCAGCUUCUGCAAGACAUUGAGUCCAAAGAUGCCGACAACUACGGCGUAACGGAGGUUCGCGAUGGCUUUUUCGAUGCCUCUUUUCUAAAGCCUUCGAAGCGUGAUGCGGAAAUGGAGCUACUUUACAGCACUCUUCCAGCUGAAUUCGACAAAUCAUCACCAUUUGAAAUUAAAAACUUUAUACCACGGCAAUGGGAAGAGCUGAAAACUAUAACCAAACGUGUUACUACUACGCGCGUUGGCCUUCAGCUACUAAAGGCAUUUAUGGCAAUAUUUUCUGGGUACAUAAUAUGUCUGGUACCCGUUAUUCACAAAUGGCUUGGCCCAUACCAUUAUAUUUUGGUACUUUCAGUCAUAUUCAACCAUCCCGCAAGAUCACUUGGAUCUCAGCUUGACGGAGUCAUCUUGACCAGCGUUGGUACAGCCGUUGGUUUUGGCUGGGGUGUCGUUGGUCUCAUUCUGUCAACAUCGACGCUCGCCGCCAAGGCUGGAUAUGGUGGAGUUUUGGCUGUCUUUCUAGUACUCCUUAUCGCAGGAACAGCAUGGAUCAGAGCAUGCUUCAUUCGCUUCUAUCAGGCGGUCCUAUGCGCUGGCAUUGCAAUCAUAUACACUACUGUGGCAGACACCAAUAGCCAGGAUGUUCAGUGGUUUAAAUUGCUACAAUUCUUUAUUCCUUGGGCAUUGGGGCAAGUUUUGGCUCUUGCUAUUAACAUCGCAAUCUUUCCCGACACAGGGGCAUGGGCAGUCUCCAAGUCCAUAAAUAGCGCUUUGAACACCAUGAGUGCAGCUUUGGAAAUAACUGGUGAGCGAGACGUCCGGCAGCGUCGCCAACUUGUCCAGUGUUUCGUCGAUCUGUCACAAAUGGUACGAGACAUGGUUAUGGACAUGUCAAUAUCGAAAUAUCAUCCCGAUGAUGUGCGGGAGCUUAGAAAUUUGAUGCAAGGCGUCAUUCGCGCAAUCCUUGCCAUCGAACCGGCUGCGCAUCUAAUACAUGACGAUGACAAUGACAGUCCAGACGAUGCCUCAUCGUCGACACCAAGUACUAAUGCAGACGAAGAUAUAUCUAUCCAUCACACUGAAGGUGAUCCUACACAGUCGAUUCUGGAUGAAUUAGAAUCUCCGAUCAAGGGGGUAAUAUUCGCAAUGAAAGAUAGCCUGGAUCGAUGCAACGCAGCUCUGAUGGAUCAAUCGGGCUUCCGAAAUCGCCUUGGGCCAGCCAAAGGCAUAUCAUCUGACUUGGCCGUCGUACAGAUACAAUUGGACAAGGCUCUCGCUACUUUUGAUGCCAUUGAAUCAACACUACUUGACUGUUCAAUACAUUCCAGUCCGCACCUUGGCAACUCUGCCGCUGUCGAAGCGUUCGUUUUUUCGAGACAUGUGCGCGAAUCCGCAGUCACAAUCCAGAAGUUGAUACUUCAUGUCCAAACUAUGCAGGAAAAGUCAUCUUGGCCACGUAUAUAUUUACCCUCAUAUCCCCUUUCCAAGGCAAUUUAUCGGACAAAUGCCCAGAUUCGCCAUGAUCGAGGUGGUGCUGCCGCAGGAUCUUAUCAGGGGACCUUCAGCGAAAUCGAACAAGUCUUGGAGACACUAAAAGGCAGCGACUUUACUCCGGGUGCAGCACCUGAAGUUAGACCACAAUCAUCUCAGUCAAAAGCCACGAUACCCAACACCAAGAAACCCAAGGGCGCUACCCCAGCAGCCAAAAAUACAAGUGUUCGUUACAGCAUAUGGAAAACAUUACAUCGCCUUCAGGGAUUUGAAAGCAAAUAUGCCUUCAAAGCUUGUUUGGUUCUGACGCUACUUUCAAUCCCAUCCUAUCUAGACGAAUGUAAAGAGUGGUGGGACAGUUAUCAAGUGUGGUGGGCUGUUGCCAUGAGCUGGAUUGUAAUGCACCCACGAGUUGGCGGUAACAUCCAAGACCUCUUCAACCGCUCCCUGUUUGCAAUUUUAGGGGCUGUAUGGGCUGGUGCUGCAUAUGCUGCCGGGGACGGCAAUCCCUACAUCAUGGCUGUGUUUGCGGCACUGUACCUCUUCCCCAUGUCCUAUCGGUUCACUCAGAGCACGCACCCUAGGUCCGGCCUAGUUGGAUGCAUAACGUUCGUCGUCAUUUCUUUAACAUUGGACAAUGGUGGGAUAACGCCACCUGCAUUGUUAGCCGUUCAUAGAGGCGUCGUCUUCUUUGUUGGCACAGCAGCUCCCAUCCUGGUCAAUUGGCUUCUAUGGCCAUUUAUUGCUAGACACGAGCUGCGAUUUGCCCUAUCCUCAAUACUCUUUUAUGUCAGCGUUGUAUACAGAUCGGUUCUAUCGACCUAUAUUUACUAUGAAGACGGCUGUCCUCCGACCGAAGACGACGUUCAACAGUCCGAACUACUCGAGGGGCGUCUACGGGAAGGAUUCGUCAGGAUAAGACAGCUCCUUGUCCUCACGAGACACGAAGCAAGGCUUCGAGCGCCUUUCGAUCCUGUAGCAUACUCCGCACUUGCCGAGUCGUGCGAACAGCUCUUUGAGCAUCUUAUUGCGGUCCGCCAAUCGGCUCUUUUUCACAACGCUGGGCAUCUUCAAGACAGCGGUACCGGAGCGGAUGACCAGCUGCUUAGUUACAAACGAGAUGCUGUAGCUGCCAUCUUGGCUAAUCUAUACAUAUUUGCCGGGGCUUUGCGAUCUCAUCGCAAGGUUCCCAGAUACAUACCGAGUGCUGCAGCUGCUAGAAAGCGAUUGCUUCUGGAAACACAACGGCUGGAAGAACAAAUGGCACAAGGCACUGCUGUUGGUAAUCUAGGCUCACACAAGAAAUGGAGCGAGAUAUAUCGGUAUUCAUAUGACCAGAGCUUAACUGGUUGCGUUGUUCAGCUGGAGAAGAUUGAAAAAUAUACCAAGCUCAUUGUAGGAGAGCAAGGUUUUGACGACCAUUUUACGAAUCAUGAAAACUGAUGUUCUACAUGGAACAUCAUCUGGUAUUAAGCAUAUACGCGCUAUUUAGAAUACAUUUCAAAUCAUAUACCAUAUGCUCCAUAAACUCCUAACAAAAAGGACGCAUGUUUCCCUUUCCAAAAGACUGGCUAAUACGCCCCAUUGGUCAUCUCAUUCAAAAUAUCUCGUGUUAUUGGCUUUCCCUUCAGCAACACUUUCUCUCCGACUCGUGCUGAUCUCGGCGUUGGUCGCAUGUUUUCUUUUCCCUUUGAGGGGCUUGAUUGCAAAGUCGAAUGUUUCGGCUGCUUCGGCGUUCGGGUUAUUGGUGUAGGAGCGGUUGCUGUAAAUUGCGUCGCCAGAAGAUCCUCAAAAUUGUGGUUAUCCAGUGCACAGGCUGGAAGAUCAUAUAUCCAGUUCUUCUCUUCCAUAAGCGAAAUGAAUUUGCUGAGCAUGUUGCCUUCGCCGCUGCCCUUAAGCGUGCUCACACUGCCAACGACAAGUAGCUUUGUCUUGGCUCGUGUGAACGCUACGUUGAUUCUGCGCCAAUCCUUGAGCAGAUCGCCAAUGUUGCAAGCUUCAUUGCUGCGGACCAAGCUGAGCAGAAUUACUUCCUUGUCUCGUCCUUGGAAACGGUCCGUAGUGUGCAUUUCAAUCCCGGGAUAGGACUUGAGCUUGUCUUUGAACAGGGACAGUUGUGCUCUAUAAUGGGUCAUAACGCCUACUUCUUCAGCAGGUACACCAACUGUAAGGAAUGAAUCCACAAGCUGAGAUACAAUGCUAAUUUCAGCUGAAUUGACAAUUCGCUUUCCGUGAGCUUCUUCUCGUAUCGCUGGUACUAGAGUGUCGGUAUUGACGAAGCGAACUCUAGCAUCACUGUCAACGAGGUCAUAUAACCAGCAUUGUGAUGGGGAUGCCACUGGACAGAUCGAUCGCGGCGUAGCUUGCUUUGAAAGGGUAAGACCGUUAUAAUGUCGGUGUGAUAACGCCGCCAUGUUCGGUGUAGAGAGUUUCCUAGUCUUCAGCUCUUCAGUACCGCAGCGUAAUUGACCAUUAUAAAUCAAGGUAUUGCUGAGGGUCAUAAUAUCCUCGCACAUACGAUACUGGUGAGCGAGAUUUACAACAGACUCAGGGUGAGCAUCUGAAAGUAAUUUGAACAGGCUCACAUCUAAACCACCAGUACGGGCUUGCUCGUUUUUGACAACGGGGGGAAGUUGGUUGUGAUCCCCAACUAGGACGAAAGUCCUAGCCAUCCUGAUUGGACCUGCGCAGAUUGGCAAGGAAAUCUGCGAAGCUUCAUCCACGAUACAGUAGUCAAACGAGCGCUCCUGGAAAACAGUAUGGUUAAUGCCCAGGCAGGUAGUUGCAACCACUGGGGUACCGUGCCAGGCAUCCUUGAUUUCCUCGAAAUUCGACAUUGGAUGACCAGCCAAUAUAGCAAAGUCUUGUACACCUGGAUGAACCUUGGCUGGCGCUCCUAGCCUUAGUAUCUUCAUCUUGUCAGACUUGUGUUUAAGAAGAAUAUUAUCAACAGCAGUGUGUGUAUGUGACGUUAGAAGGACACUUUUGCCCUGCGAUGUCAACGCCCGGAUAAUGUGUGCAAUUGUCGUAGUCUUGCCGGUUCCUGGCAUGCCCAAAACCAAAGCGUAAUCUUGAGCGCUCAUGACUUUGUCAAUGGCAGCUUGUUGAUCAACAUUAAGGCUCUCUUUACCAGAGAUGCUGUAUUGGGUAGCGACAGUUUUGAACCUCGGCUUCUUUAAAUCAACAAUGAGCUCUCUGAUUUUCCGUGCUGCCGGGACAUCAUUUGCCAUCAUUUGCACAAGAUUAUUUCGGACCGUCGCCAUGCCGUUACUGAACUCGUCUUGGUCAAGGCGAUAACGGAUGGGGGCCUCUUUAAUACGGCCUUGUGAUUGUUCAGGAGUUGCACCUUCGGGAGCCACCUCCAUGAUACCCGCAAAUACCUGAUUGUCAACCUCAUCGAAACCAGGCUGUCGAAUACGGGCGUUGUGCAAUCGACGAUCAACGGCAACGCUGAUCCUUUUGCGUUGUACUGCGGUGACAUAUCCAAUAGCGAGCGCAUAAUGGCCCUCCUCAUCGGAUACCACGACAGGUUCACCGACGCUCAGUUCUGAUUCUAGGAAAGAAAAGCCGGCCUGGGGAAGACGCUUAACAAACGAAUAAUUAAAGCGGUUAAUGCGCGGAGUAUCAUUGUCAACAGACGAUGAUCCUUCUUCAAUGAUGACAUCCGCAAAGCAUCUCGACUUCUUCUCUCGUUGAACGCUCGUCAUAGUCCAUAGUUCUCUCUUGGUCUUUUGGCUUUCCUUUUCUUCCAGUGUGAGUAGGUUUUCCCACUUAACAAAGAACUCUUGGUGUAGCGGUGUGAGGUGUUUUACAACCUCGUCGAACUUCUCACCCAUGCCACUAGUUUCUCCGUCUCCGUUAUCAGCGAGCUUGUGAUAGAUAAAGCAAGACGUUUUGGCAUAGCAUCUCCCACACAUGUGUUUGCUUUGGAGCAUCGGUGGAAGCUGCACACUUCGCUCUCGCACAUAGCAGGCUAGUUGAUUUCUUUGCAGUAUCAUCUGGCGUAAUUCGUGACGAAUGGCCGGUACGCGCAUGGUUUUUGAAGUUUCCAUAUAGUAUAGAACACCAUAUGUAAUGUCGAUGUCAUACCUGUCCGAGAGUAGAAGCGUGUAUAGUGCUGUCUGUGCAACGUGGCUAGUAUUCGCAUUUUUUCCGGUUUUUACCUCAAACGGUACCGUUAAAGUGCGUGUCUGUUUUCCGUCGAACAUAGCGACUUCCACAGUGGCAUCGAUGUUUCCCUUGAGCCCAUACAUAGGUGACCAUACAUGCUCUUCGACAUCGAGCAACUUUGUCACCGCCAUGUUCGCCUUCUCUCCAUGACGACCCUCAACAAUAGCAUCCGGCUA